GCAGAGGGGGACGGGACGGGAGCCGGCGCCCCGCGGGCCAUGCGCGUCCUGGCUACGGCGCUGGCCGCCCUGCUGGCCACGGCCUCGGCCCCAGAUAUUUGUGAGGCUUUAAAUGUGACGGUCUCUCCUGGGCCAACAGUGCAAUACUCUGAGGGAGAUAAUGCUACCCUUUACUGCCAUAUUUCUCAGAAGAGAAAGACAGACAAUUUGCUGGCUGUGCGGUGGGUCUUCGCUGCAUCACCUACCCAGGAGCAUCUGAUGAUCAAAAUGACAAAGUUCGGGUCUGUCCAGUAUUAUGGAAAUUAUACUCAUCAUUUUCACAAGCAAAGACUUCAUCUUCUUAAAGAAAAACACGGAACUAUGUACAAAUUUCUUAUUUUAAGCCUCCAGCAAACAGAUCAAGGACAUUAUAUAUGCAAAGUACAGGAAAUUGGCAAACACAGAAAUAAGUGGACAGCAUGGUCAAAUGGUACAGCAGCUACUGAAAUAAGAGUGAUUGCAUCAAAAUCUUCUGAUCAUCCCACUUUCAAGAAAAACCAAGAAGCUUGGAAGUUUUUUGAAGAUCUGUACGUGUACGCAGUGUUUAUGUGUUCCAUAGGAAUCAUCAGUGUCCUCCUUUUUACACUUGUCAUUCUCUGUCAGUCACUCCUGAGCAAGAGGAGAUCCACAGUGAAGCAUUACCUGGUGAAAUGCCCCCAGAACAGCUCUGGGGAGACGGUUACCAGUGUGACAAGCCUGUCUCCUCUACAGCCUAAGAGGGUAAAGAAAAAGAAAGAGAAAGAGAAACUGGAGCAGCCACCAGCCAUCCCAGCAAAAGCUCCAAUUGCCAAUAAUUUCCCGAAGCCCAAGCUCUUGAAACCUCAAAGAAAAUUGAUCCUGCCAAAAAUCACAGAGGAGAAUUUAACAUAUGCUGAACUUGAACUGAUGAAGCCAAUUCAGGAAGCCAAAGGCAUUUCCAGUAUGACAGUCUACGCACAGAUACUCUUUGAGGAGAACAAGAUGUAAUAGUUCAUGCCUGUAUGAAUGUCCUCUGUCUGUGUUCUAUUUAAUUCUUGCUGUGCUGUUUAUUUAUAAAAAUCAUACAAAUGUCCUUAUUUUUUUAUUUCUAUUCAUGCACUUCUGUUUUUAUAUGAGACUUUUAAACAUGAUGUAGUUAAAAGUAAUCAUAGAAAAAGCAGCUGGUCAACAAGAGAAAUCCCAGCAAUACCCUUUGUAGUGUUCUGUGCCCCUGCUGGAAAUGGACUGAAGUUCAACCGGGGGUGUUUUUAACACUAAGCAUUAUCCCUUCUUUAACGUUAAUGUGGUGAGUCCAGCUGCAAAAAUCAGUAUCUUAGCAAGCCUCAGGAGGACUAAUGGCAGGAUCCAUGCCCAUCAGCCUGCUACUGAAGGAAAAAAAACACUGACCAGGAAAAUGGCCACUUUAAUGCAUUUUGUCACAUCAGAAAAAUAUUAGCCCAGUAAUAUUUUUUCUACAGCCAAGGAAAAGCUAAAAUUACUUUUUCUCCCUUUUUCCCCUUCUCCACAAAUAGUCUAAAAGUUUUGUGCUCUAUGUUUUCAAAUUCCCUUUCUAAAUGGCAUUGUCUUAAAAAAAUUAUAUUGCUUUUAGUAUGGUGUUUGAAAUAAAAUAUUUCAAAAUAAUAUGAAGGAAACAUUUAUAAUUAAACUCCCAUGAUUUAAGGAAGAAUAUUCAUAGCUUGGAAACAUCUCCAAGGAUUUGAUUUUUUAAAAUUCUGAUUGGGAAUAGGAAAAAUUUGAUAGUGAGUAAGAAAUUGAGAGAACCACGACACUGCUUUUGGUCUUGGUUUAGUUUGGUGUUUCCAAACCUGCAAAAGUUUCCUCCUGUAGCUUGCACUAAUGAGCUGCUGAUCUAGAGGAAAAAAUUACACAGGUUCUCCUUCAUUAUGGAACAGACUCUGUAAGGCCCAGCUGACUUUGGAGUUAUUUGGAAAGACUGGGGCUCAGGAGAUAGGGAAAUGAGCUUAAUGUGAGGACACGAAAUAACAUUCCUCUUCCUUUACCUCUUGAUAACCAAGAAGGCAUUCUUCCUUUUCCUUUGAUACAUAUUCACGGAAAAUGAGCUAUUCUGUGCCAUCCUGGGCAUUUCAGUCGUGAAGAAUAGCUGGACUGAUGUUUUCAAGCUCAUGCAUCUUCAUUGUCUAAACUUCCCCAAAGCUCAGGGAGAGUUUGAUAUUCUGGUCCUGGGAAGCUCUAACCCUUGAGAAACUGUGCAGCUCACGGAGUCAUAAAAGCAUGGGCUCUUCAGGUCACCAUCAGGUCAUGGAGAGCCAGUACUUGGCACAUGCCAGGUCUUCUCCAGGUCUGUGAGGGAGCCCCAUGACAAGCUGCCCAUUCAGCAGUAUUUAAUGUGGAUUUUGGAGCAGCACUCCGAGCUGCUUCUAUCUUUACAGGUCACACUGUUUUAGUGAUAGAACAGCUUCUCACCUGGGCUCAGAGCACAGCUGGGAAUCACCACAGGAACACUCCUGCAUGUCCUGGUUCCUGCUACUGCAUGGGAGUGCAGGAGAGGAGGAUGGGGGGGGACAAUCAAAGAUGGGGACAUGCAUCCAAGGGCAACCAUGUGACAGAGCACAUCACUGCUUUUGGAGGGGUUCACCAGAAUAAGUGAGUCUAUAUAAACUGCUUUUUAACUUUUUCGAACAGUGGCGGAGAUUAGGCAGCACACGUAACCUGUUACUGUCUAGCCAAGAUCUGUAAAUAUAAAAUGCAGUCAUCUUCUUCCACAUUGGAUAAAAAUCUCUUCUAUAGAAAGGAAUUUAAGUAAAGCUUACUAGGCUGACCAUUAUGUACAGUACUAAUUUGAAUUCUAUUCCUUCAUCAAAACAGUUCUUUCCAAACUAAGGCCAGCUUUCAUCAAUAGAUUUUCUAGUAAUUAUUUGCAUUUUUAAUGUUUGCGUUUGUGAGCUGUCAAAAAAGAUGUUUGUUGCACCUUUGCAUCAUCCCAGGAUUUAAUCAUCCACCAAAGGACAUGUUAUCUUUCCUUGUCCUCUGAUCAGGUGUUGGACUUUCAGUGACAACACCAAUCAACUCAUUGACCAAAACCAAAUUGGUGCUAAUGAGUGAAUCAACAUUCAGGGAUCAAUUUUGGAGCAGCCAGUUUAGCUGACUAUUCAGAGAGAAUAUCUUCAAUGCAGACAGCUGUUCAAAAGGCCUUAGAAAAAUAUAGAAUUUAUUAGAUGCUACUUUGAAAUUUAAAAUCCUAACACAUUAAUGAUUUGACCACUUAGCUGUGAAAACUUCCAGGUUUGGUUACGAACAUUUAUUUUACAUAGAACUGGCCAUUGUGCCCGUUGUUCAGAAGAAUCCUCUUCUGUAAUAUUUAUGCCUAGCAUGUUCAUGAAUACCAUUCUUUAUGUAUUAAUAUCCUGUAUAUUCUUGUUUAUGUUUGAUAUCUAAUUCCCC